AGAGAGAGAGAGAGAGAGAGCAAAAAAGAAGGGAUUAGAAGAAGAGAGAUUACAAGAAAAACGCCCAAAGCUGUUAACUUUGCUUUUUUUUUCUUUUCUUUUUGGCCAUUUCCUUCCCUCCAUCUCUCUUCCUUCUCCCUUCUCCCUUCUCCCUUCUCCCUUCGUCUCCAUCAAGCAACCCUCUCUCUCUCUCUCAUCAUCAUCAUCAUCAUCGCGGAGGAGACGACGAGCUCCAGAGAGAUUGAGAGGGACAUCGAGUUUUGUAGGUGAGAUUGAUUAGACUGGGACCCAAAGGUUGUCAACGAUCUAGUAUUGAAGAAGUAAACAAGGAUGCGCAAGUGGAUCUGUUGUAGAUGUCAAAUGGACGACUCAAAUGAAGAGCAACAACUCAAAAGUUCGCAGCAGCAGUCUGAUGCAAAUCAUAAGAAUCCAAAACCAGCACCGGUUGCUAAACAUGAGGUGAAGAAGGAAGCUCUUCCGAUUGAGGUUCCUCCCUUGUCUUUGGAUGAGGUGAAGGAAAAGACUGAAAAUUUUGGAUCAAAGGCACUCAUUGGUGAAGGAUCUUACGGGAGAGUGUAUUAUGCAACACUAAAUGAUGGUGUGGCGGUUGCUCUGAAGAAACUUGAUGUCGCACCUGAGGCUGAAUCAGAUGCCGAAUUCUUGAGUCAGGUUUCGAUGGUUUCUAGACUGAAGCAUGAGAAUCUCAUUCAAUUGCUUGGUUUUUGUGUUGAUGGAAACCUGCGCGUCCUUGCAUAUGAGUUUGCUACAAUGGGAUCGUUGCAUGACAUCUUACAUGGCAGGAAGGGAGUUCAAGGGGCACAACCAGGUCCAACACUUGACUGGAUAACGAGGGUGAAAAUAGCGGUUGAAGCAGCUAGGGGUUUGGAAUACCUUCAUGAGAAGUCUCAGCCUCCUGUAAUCCAUAGAGACAUAAGAUCAAGCAAUGUCCUUCUUUUUGAAGACUACAAGGCAAAGAUUGCUGAUUUCAAUCUCUCGAAUCAAGCACCUGAUAAUGCUGCUCGUCUUCACUCGACAAGAGUAUUGGGAACUUUCGGUUAUCAUGCUCCAGAAUAUGCAAUGACUGGACAGUUGACUCAGAAGAGUGAUGUGUACAGUUUUGGGGUUGUACUUCUAGAACUUCUUACAGGGAGGAAACCGGUGGAUCAUACCAUGCCUCGAGGUCAACAGAGUCUUGUAACCUGGGCGACACCAAGACUCAGUGAAGAUAAAGUCAAACAGUGCAUUGAUCCAAAGCUAAAAGCUGAUUACCCUCCAAAAGCAGUUGCUAAGUUAGCAGCUGUGGCAGCAUUGUGUGUGCAAUACGAAGCUGAGUUUAGACCAAAUAUGAGCAUAGUAGUGAAGGCGCUGCAGCCUCUCCUGAAACCUCCAGCUGCAGCGGCAGUUCCAUCUCCCGCAACAGAAUCUUGAAAUAUUAUCAUCAUAAUUUUUAUCAGAAUAUACUUUAGUACACCAUGACCAUAUAUGAAAGAGGUGUGGUUCUGGGAGUGAUAAACUAUAAAAGAUGAUUAUUAUGUCUCUCAUUUGAUGAUUGGUUUUGCACACACAGUUUUGUUGUGCUAGAAGCAAAAAAAAAAA